UAGUGUGUGUUGAUUUCGAGCGGUGAGAAGAGUUAUGUUACGGACCGCAUUAUUAGAAUGCAUAACUAAUUUUGGUAUACAGUUAAAGUGCACCUAAUAAUUACAAAGAAAAUGUUUAAAACUAUCGUGCAGUGAAAACGAAAUAAACAUUCAAAUUUAAUUGCUCGCUUGCAAUGCGGAUUUUGCGGCAGAUUUUGUGAUGCGCACAGAGCAGCGCCAGUCAACGCAUAAAGAAAACGGCCAAAAAAGUUCAGCAAAUGAAAAUCGAAUACCAGUGAAAAUUUUCGAAUAGUUGGCAAUAUUCAUAAUCAAGUGUAGGCAAUAUAUAUGUAUAUAGAUGGAAAUACAUAUGUCCGUGCGUAUAUUCAUAUGCAUAUGAAUAAUAUUGUUCUCUUUCUGCAUGUGUGUGUGUGAGUGUUAGUGAGUGUUUGCUUGUUCAUGUGCCAAACAAAAAAGGGCGUCACAAAAAAAAUUGAAUGCAGCCCAAGUCAAAUCAACACUAAAAUUGGGACCCAAACGGACUCUAAGGCCAUUGAAGGCAACUAGUUGAGAUCUUUGGCAAGCAAUAUGCAAAUAUGGAUUCGUUGCCACCAGUGAGUCGGGAUCAUUUAAUGCUGCAGCCGUUGCAACCGUUGCGCUCGUCUCGCGGUUCCAGCUCCAAUUUGCGGGCCAGCCGUUCGCCCUCGACCACCAGAAGCAGCGAGCAAAUGUCCAGGGAGCGCACCAGCGACUCAGCGACAGCAGCGUCGUCGGGAACAGCAGCCACAACACCAACGGUUGCAAUUGCAACAGCGACGACGACGACGACGCCAUCAGCGGCAGCAGCAGCAGCGGCGGGAGGCGGAGGAGCGGCAGCGUUGGCCACACCGACGGCAGCCAACAGCAAUUCGUCGGCCUCGUCCAGCACAGUGGCAGCUGCACAGGCGGCUGUCUACAGCGGCGGCAACACGGUGACCGGCAGCCUGGGUAGCAGCGGGGGCGUGGCAGUGCGGGGUUUUCGCAGCCACAGCCCCACACAGCGGCGACACAGCCGUGAGCGCCAGCGACGCACACAUGGCUCCGAUCAAGGCGGUCUCCUGGCCUACAGCGGCAUGGUAGGCGAUAUGACAGACUUUGGCGUCAGUCUCAGCCACGGCGGCGGCGGUGGCAGCGCCGGCACCGGCAGUGGCCUAGAGGACUCUCGUCUGUCCGGCAAUGAGGACUACUAUGCGUCUAUGGCAUCGGAUGAAUUCGAUAGCAGCAAGAAGCUGCACCAUCGGCGCCAUGAGCGCAGUUCCAGUGUGCAGGCCAUAGAUCGUCUGAAUACGAAAAUACAGUGCACCAAGGAAUCCAUCAGGCAGGAGCAAACAGCCCGGGAUGAUAAUGUGAACGAGUAUCUGAAACUCGCAGCCAGCGCCGAUAAACAGCAAUUGCAGCGCAUCAAGGCGGUGUUCGAGAAGAAGAAUCAGAAAAGCGCACACAGCAUAUCGCAGCUGCAAAAGAAACUGGACAAUUAUACCAAGCGAGCCAAGGAUCUGCAGAAUCAUCAAUUUCAAACCAAGAGCCAGCACCGGCAACCGCGCGAGGUGCUCCGCGACGUCGGCCAGGGACUACGCAAUGUGGGCGGCAAUAUACGUGAUGGCAUUACGGGCUUCUCCGGUUCGGUGAUGUCGAAGCCGCGCGAAUUUGCGCAUCUCAUUAAGAACAAAUUCGGCAGCGCGGACAAUAUAAAUCAGAUUGCUGACGCCGAGCUUCAAGCCAUUCAGGCGGCAAAUGCGGACGCCCUGACAGCGGCCAAUGAGCGAUUGCAGCAUCAACCCGGCCCUGGCACCUCCACGGGCUCCGGCGGCGGCAACAACGUGAACAACAACAACGCGGGCACUGGCAGCGGCACCGGCAAAUUCAACAGCGACAACGGCAGCGAGUGCAGCAGUGUAACCAGCGAAAGCAUACCAGCGGGAUCUGGCAAGAGUCAGUCGGGCGCCAGCCAGUACCACAUUGUGCUCAAGUCCCUGCUCACUGAACUGUCCGAGCGCAAAGCGGAGAUCGAGAAGCUUAAAGAGCGAGUCGAUCGACUUGAGACUAGCCAAAAGGAGUUCAACAAUUUGACAGCCACUCUCGAAAGUGAACGCUUCCGUGCUGAGGGACUGGAGGAGCAAAUCAAUGACUUGACGGAAUUGCAUCAGAAUGAAAUCGAGAAUCUGAAACAAACAAUUGCUGACAUGGAAGAGAAAGUACAAUACCAAAGCGAUGAAAGACUACGUGACGUCAACGAAGUGCUCGAGAAUUGUCAAACAAGGAUAUCGAAAAUGGAGCAUAUGUCUCAGCAGCAAUAUGUCACCGUCGAGGGCAUUGACAAUUCGAACGCUCGCGCCCUGGUUGUGAAACUCAUCAAUGUGGUCUUAACAAUAUUGCAAGUGGUGCUGCUGCUGGUGGCAACCGCUGCUGGCAUUAUAAUGCCCUUUCUCAAAACGAGGCUUCGCGUGCUGACCACAUUUUUAACGAUUUGCUUUAUAAUCUUUGUGAUACGCCAAUGGCCGGAUGUGCAGGAUAUAGGCUCUGGCCUUGUGCGGUAUCUCAAACAGUCGCUGGUGGUGAAGUGAGACGGCGGUGACUCUAUGUUCGACUAGUAGUUUCUUAAUGUUAAUAGUAUUAAGUUAAAAA